AUGUUUCCAAGUGACGUGACUUAUGGGUUUUUCUCCAUAUCUCAAAUUUCCAUUGGGUUCCUGGGGAACUCACUGCUCUUCAUGUUACAUAUAUGCACCUUCUUAACUCAGCCUCACCUGAAAAAGCCUAUAGAUUUGAUUUUCACACACCUGACAUUGGUCAAUGUUUUGACUAUCAUGUUCAACUUGAUGCCAACUGUCACGUCAUCCUUUGGAAUAAGGCAUUUUCUGGACGAUGUUGGUUGUAAGGCAACUUUGUACGCAUACAGAGUUACCCGGGGUCUUUCCAUCUGUACCACCUCCCUCCUGAGCGCUUUUCAAGCCAUCGCUAUCAGUCCCAGUACUUCUAUAUGGGCAAGGCUUAAAUCUAAAAUCUCCACAUGCGUUCUUCCCUCUUUCCUUGUCUUCUGGAUCGUCAACAUGCUCGUCUAUAUCCAGAUCAUCCAAGCUGUAGAAGCCAAUCGCAAUGCCACAUUUGUUGGUUUCGCGUAUUCUCAAGUUUACUGUCGCACUAAGCAGGUGGAACGCUACUAUUCAAAGGCAUUUAUAAGUGGCAUGGUGAUUCGAGAUCUCCUCUUUGUGGUCCUCAUGAUGUUGUCCAGUAUCUACAUGGUGAAUCUCCUCUACAAGCACCGCCAGAGAGCCCAGCAUCUUCGCAGCCCCAGCCUGUCUUCCCAGACAUCUCCGGAAAUCAAAGCCACCCACAGUAUUCUUUUGCUGGUAAGUUGCUUUGUUUUCUUUUAUUGUGCAAACGAUUUCAUUGCCCUUUACUUUUUUUAUAGACCUGAGAAAAACCCAAGACUGGAGAGAAUUACGGGGAUUAUUUCAGCCUGCUACCCAACCAUCUGCCCUUUUCUGCUAAUGAAAAAUAAUAAGAUUUUUUUCAAAUUUACUUCUCCCACUUCAAAGAUGAGAACUACCGUUUCUCAAAGAACAUUCAGUGGAUGAUCUCGCACCCACGACUUCCUUCUGCAACAGAGAAGCUCCUCAAUGAUGAACACAAAUGGAAAAUGCCACGUGGCUAUUAAACACUUCA